AAUGGAAUGGUGGCGUCGUAGAAAACGUAUGUUCGUUCCCUAACUGGGGAGCGACAUGUCCGGUGGCGGUGGCAAUGAGUCGAAUAACGCUGGCUGCUUUCAGCCUUUGGUAUCUAUAUCUCAGCAAUGCUUACCAACAAGCCAAAACUAAAUGUGGCACGUUCAAUCCUCCGGUCACAAGCCGCAUCAUUGGAGGAACACCCGUGGACGCCGGCGUAUUCCCAUGGAACGUGGCCCUGAGGCGAAUCCUGCCUGGAAGGCUUAUCGGCUACCACUUCUGUGGCGGCACAUUGCUGAGCAAGGAGUGGGUAGUGACUGCGGCGCACUGCGUAGAUAGUGACAUCGUACCAAGUGAAAUCGCCAUUGUUCUUUAUGGGAACCACACCAACUACAUGAGGCCUGAAACUGACGUUCUCUCUCCGGAUGCGAUUCACUACCACUAUUAUAAUGGAGUGUCGCUCGAUGUCGCACUUCUGCACAUCGAACAGACGAUGCAUGGCGUGGAAAUACUGUCUCGCGUUACUCCACUCUGCUUGCCUUCUCAAGAAGCAAACUUCGUCGGCGCCUACUGCGUGAUUACUGGAUCGGGAAUACAAAGUGAUGGCACCCAUCCAAGGACGCUUAUGCAUGUCCGUAUGCCUGUGCUGCCGCACCAAUACUGCGCCCGUUUCGUCGGUGAAAGGGCUGUUGCAGUGGGCAUGAUGUGCGCUGGCCAACUGGGAAAGCAACAAGGAGCCUGUUUUGGUGACUCUGGUGGGCCACUGCAGUGUACUUUUGACCAUCAUGUGUGGUUCCUGGCUGGCGUAAUAUCGCGGGGUGACUGCACCAGGACGCAUCAGAUGCCUCUUCUGCUGAUGAGGGCCGCUGCCUUGGCGCAGUGGAUUCUUCACGUGACUGGGGGCUCCCAUGAGACGACCCCUUCCUGGGACGUUGCACCGAAUGUGUUGGAUCAAGACAUGGCUCUGCAAAUGAACUUGAGGCUUUAAAGAACCAAGCAACUGACCAGGACAGUGUUUAACUUAUCUCACGGGUAGCUUUUGCGUUCACAGUGUCUAGAUUAAUAUGCAAAAUUUAAAUGAAAAGCUUUUUUAUAAUGAAACCAGUAGAAAACUAAAAGAAUUAUCGCAAGUGGCAGAACUUCGGCAUUACGUAUGCUUACGUACCAUGUUACAGCACAUCGCUGCAGAUGCCACUAUUCAACUCAAAUCAGUUGUGUUUCUGUUCAAAAAGAUUUUGCCAUUGUUCUAUUAUCAUCAGUAACAGGCUAAAUAUGGUUUCGGCCGGGACAAAAGCUUAAGCUAACGGCCGGCACUGCAAGAUCUUGGCGACAGCGCGACUUCCAAUAUUGGUUUAGCUCGGCCGAAAUGUCCUAUACGAUGCCGUAAACAUCGGAGGCGUCGGGGUGAAUCAAUCUUGUCUUGGGAAACUCACUUUUUCUGGCGACUUUUCUUUGUUACCUUUCUUUUCAGUAAACGACUUAGAAAUGGUACUUCGUGGCCUGACGAAAUCGUCGUGGCAGUGAGCUACCUUUUUAUCAGUGUUCCAAGCAUGCGACUGUUAAAUUUCUUUGUCUCAGUAACACUGUAGAUUUAUACAGUUUUUGGACCUA